AUGCUGUCCGCCCGCCUGCUGCGCCACCAGCUCCUGGCCACCGCCGCGCGCGGCGCCAGCGGCGCGACCGUGUCCGCGUCCGUGCGCCGCCUGCAGCAGGCCGCGGCCCCGCGAGAGAAGCUCUUCGACAAGGUCCUGGUGGCCAACCGCGGCGAGAUCGCCGUGCGCGUCAUGCGCACGUGCAAGAAGCUGGGCAUCAAGACGGUGGCCGUGUACUCGGAGCCCGACGUGAACUCGGUGGCCGUGCGCAUGGCCGACGAGGCCGUGUGCGUGGGGCCCGCGGCCUCCAGCCAGAGCUACCUGAGCAUCCCCAAGAUCGUGGAGGCCGUGCGGGCCACGGGCGCGCAGGCCGUGCACCCGGGCUACGGCUUCCUGUCGGAGAACAAGGACUUCUGCGAGGCCCUGGAGGCCAUCGGCGUGGCCUUCAUCGGCCCGGGCCACGAGGCCAUCCAGGCCAUGGGCGACAAGAUCGAGUCCAAGCAGCUGGCCAUGGACGCGGGCGUCAACACGAUCCCGGGCUUCCUGGGCGAGAUCGACACGCCCGACGAGGCCGUCAAGGUGGCCCGCGACAUCGGCUACCCCGUCAUGAUCAAGGCCAGCGCCGGCGGGGGCGGCAAGGGCAUGCGCGUGGCCUACAACGACGAGGAGGUGCGCAUGGGCUACCGCCUCUCGAAGGAGGAGGCGGCCAGCAGCUUCGGAGACGACCGCAUGUUCCUCGAGAAGUUUAUCGAGGACCCGCGCCACAUCGAGAUCCAGCUCAUCGCCGACUCGCACGGCAACGUGGUGGCCCUGCCCGAGCGAGAGUGCUCCAUCCAGCGGCGCAACCAGAAGGUCAUCGAGGAGGCGCCCAGCGUGCUGCUGGACCCCGAGACGCGGCUGGCCAUGGGCAAGCAGGCCGCCAUGCUGGCCAGGAAGGUGGGCUACGUGAGCGCCGGCACGGUCGAGUUCCUGUGCGACAAGCACAAGAACUUUUACUUCCUCGAGAUGAACACACGCCUGCAGGUCGAACACCCCGUGACGGAGCUCAUCUCGAAAGUGGACCUCGUGGAGCAGAUGAUCCGCGUGGCUGCGGGCCACGAGCUGCCCAAGGAGCUGCUGGGUGGACCCGUGAAGAUCCACGGCUGGGCCAUGGAGAGCCGCGUGUACGCUGAGGACCCGCUGCGCGGCUUCUUGCCGUCUAUCGGCCGCCUGCUCCAGUACGAGGAGCCCGUGCAACUCCCCGGUGUGCGCGUGGACUCGGGCGUGACUGAAGGCAGCGACAUCUCCAUGUUCUACGACCCCAUGAUCUCGAAACUCAUCACGUACGGCAAGGACCGGUCCGAGUGCCUGGAUCGCAUGAAGACGGCGCUGGACAACUACGUCAUUCGCGGCCCGGGCAACAACGUUUCGUUCCUGCAGGACGUUUACCGACACCCUCGUUUCGUGAGCGGCAAGAUCACCACCAAGUUCAUCGAGGAGGAGUAUCCCGAGGGCUUUGAGGGCGUGAAGUUGACGCUGGCGGAGACCGAGGACCUCCGCGUUGUUGGCGCUAUCAUGCACCUGAAGAAGACCAUCGCGAGCAGCCAGAUCUCGGGCCGUAUUGAUUCGUCAGCGCAUCAGGAAGGUGUGGCUUCGUUCGACUCCCUCAACCCAGACGAAGUGGAGUUCGUCUCGGACCAGGCGGGUGUUGUUCCUCGCCUGCGUGCCAUUGCUGCCGGCCUAUCGUCGCAGGACCUGAUUGCGCUAGCGGAGCGCAACGAUCUGAAGAAUCUGGGUGCUCAGCUGUCGGUUAGCAUCGAUGGCCCGUUCGGAGCGUCCGAGCCCGUUGUUGUCGUGGAGGUCGAGGUGGAGAACAAGCGCCGCCGCACGGAGACGUUGACGCUGGCGUUUGUGGAGAACAAGUGGCAUGUCGUGGGCGAUGUAGACUGGUCGCUCAACAGCCCGCUGUUCAAGGCAUCAUACUCGAAGCAGAGCGGCGCGUCGAACGCACCGCUGACGUCUCAGCUGCUGCAGACGCUGCCCGAGGGGUUCAAGCUCCAGUUUCACGGCGCCGUGCACGAUGUGGUUGUGCGCAACGAGCUGGAGGCCGCCUACGGCAAGCACAUGCAGCCCAAGCCUGAAGUCGACACGUCCAACUUGUUGCUCUGCCCGAUGCCCGGCAUGCUCAUUUCAGUUGCCGUCGAGGUUGGCGAGCACGUGGAGGCCGGCCAGGAGCUGGCCGUCGUGGAGGCCAUGAAGAUGCAGAACGUGCUGCGCUCCGAGAAGAGAGGCGUCGUCAAGAGCAUCGCGCGCGCGGCUGGCGACUCGCUCAAGGUGGACGAGAUCAUCCUCGAGUACGAAUGAGCGAGCAGCAGCAUUGCAAGCAGAACAUUGUCACUUGGUACCUGCAUACUGAGGUAUACGCAGACAAGAAAACUAAACACAGUUUGUAUGUGAUCAACACGAAUUGAAUUGAGCUUGACC